AUGGGCUUUCAGAGCUUCAAAGUUAGAGGAACGAAAGCGAAAAGCAAUGAUGGUGCAAAUCCAGACAGCAAGUUUAGGCGCCUAAGCAGCCUUGAUGUGUCAGAUUUUUUAAAAGAGAAAAACAUUGCUAGUAGCACUGAACUUUUUGCUGUAGCAAAUGCUCAAAGAGAAUCCGGGAAAAAAGAUCUUGCAGCUUUUUUGUUAUCACGAACACCAAAGCAGGUAGAAGAUCUUAUUGGCACAACAUGGAAGAUGGUAGAAGCGAGAAGUGUCAUCGAAAGGGAGAAAAUGAAUAGGAUGGAGCUACUGGAAAAAGCUAUUGAGGGAGAUUGUGCUGCAAAAUGUAAAUGUAAAGUGGCUUCAGUGUGCAAUGGAAGUUUUAUAAAAAACAACCACAUACACCCUUAUGUAUAUGCAGCAUCAUUAAGAGAAUUGCUAGAGAAGGGGCGUGGGAAAUUUAGAAAAAUAAUUAUUAAAGGGCCAGCAAAUUGUGCAAAAUCGUUUAUGCUUAAACCACUUCAAGGCAUAUACAAUCCAGCUAAUGAUAAAUAUGCAUGGGUUGGUGCAGAAAGUGCAGAGGCCAUUUUCUUAAAUUACUUCAGAUGGUCAUCUGAGUUGAUAACAUGGCAAAAUUUUCUUCUGCUGCUCGAAGGAAAAGCUGUUCACUUGCCUUCUCCAAAGAACCAUUUUGCAAAAGAUGUUUGCAUCACCACUGACGUCCCAAUAUUUGCAACAGGUAAGUCAGAAGUUACGUACAUUGGCAAAUACAACCAAACAGAUGAUAGGGAAACAGAGAUGAUGGCAGCGCGCUGGAAAGUAUUCAAAUUCAGUCACCAAUUUAAAGAAAAGGAUCAAAAGGACAUUCCACCCUGUUGUAAAUGCUUUGCAAAACUAGCUGUUUUGGGAAAAGAUGCCAUUUCCUGAACGUAGCCACACGUAACCCCACAUGUAACCACACACGUAACCACACAUGUAACCAUAUGGCACUAUGAGAGUAUGUACCAGAGAAUGACACGAAACCACACGUAACCAUCAAUUAUUAAAAAAUUUAUAUAUAGACCUUUUUCAAUUUGAAAACGAUGGUUACGUGUUGGUAAAACCACAAAACAAUGUAGAAUUAACAAUGGUGUCAAAAUAUUGCAUGGUUACAUGUGUGGUUACGUGUGAGCAAUUGUUUAAAUGAUGAAAUACAUGAACAGCUUCUGCAUCACAUAGCUGUGUUUGAAACAUGCUUCAAGCUUUUUAGUUUUUGUUUUAAAUACCUUAUCUAUAGCCACAUAUUACAGUCGUAUAUCACGAAAUUUUGCAAUGCUUUAAAUGUUACUACUUUAUUCUGUUACCUUUAUUUUUGAUUACCAUGCCUAUUCUUUUUGGCAUCGAUUCUAUUGUUCGGUCAAUCACAUUGCUGGGGAAAUCCAUCAUAGUUUGCUUUAUACGGUUACAAAAUUCUCCAAAAGUCUCUUUCACGAUUUGUUUUUCCAGUGCAUCCUUUUGAAGCUUCUUACCGACCAAGUGAAAAAUGUUUUCAAUCGGGUUUAGGUCUGGAGACCAGGCAGGGAUUUUAAGAACUCUGCAUCCAAUUGAAUCAAUUCCUUCAAGUUCUCUCUUGCUGUUUUGGUUAGGGUCCCCAUCUUGAAGAAAGAGCUUCCCUCUUGAAUUUGCUGAAACCUGAAACAUGCCAAGAAAAUGCUCUCUGAUAAAUUCAUAACAGAAUUCGCCAUUUAUAGGUGAAUUGUACUAAAUGCAUGAUAUUACACCUCUUCCAUAUGCAAUUGCUUCCAUGAACCUGGCCAUUCUACUUCCUGAUCCUUCCUUUUUGCCCCUUGCCGUGCAAUGAAGGCUCAGACUCUCAGAACAUUUCUUCCAUGUUCGUGUGCGUGCUGUUCUUACUGUUUGACAGGGGUUUGUCUUGUGCACCCAACCGGUUCCAUCAAAAUAAAAGGAUACCCCCUCCUUCCAAAAACUUUCAGGCAACUUCUUACAUUUCCGAGCAAACUGCAAUCUCUUUUUAAGGUCUUCCUGUACCAGUUGCCCCUUUUUCCUGCACUGUGUGUAAGAGUAUCCUUCUUUUCGUAAAGCUCGACGUACAGUUCUGUUACUUAUUUCCUGUUCUUUAAUGCCAACAUCCCUUUGAACAUCUUUAGAUGUAAAGUUUCCAAAGUUUUCUCUCAAUUUCUUAAGACUACUCGAAAAUUUCCUAACAUCUCGAGGAGUGAGCUUGGCAGGACAUCCCUUAUUUGAGUGUCUCCUAUCGACUAUGUUCUCUCCGAUGGGUAGACGGCUGUGGUUAUAAAUAGUUGUUCUUGAAUAAUGUGGAUACCUCUGCAUAAGCUGGGGCAAAGUUUCACCCUUGUCUUGAUGUAAAUACCGCAGGUGCAUGGAAACAUCGAAAGGAAUUUUCUUAUAUUUUGAUCUCGAACAGUCAUCGUCACUUUUCGCCAUUUUCAAACGACCGUUACUUGAUUUCAAGACAAAUAGCAUAGCUUGCCUCUGAUUGGCUGGGCAUCCGCCAUUAUAUCUUUCAAAAUAUUUUGGAAUAUCUUAAUUACGGCUAUAAAUGUGUUACUUAACUUGACAUUGAUAUUCUAAAUCAGAUUAAUGCGUAAAAAUAAGUAGUUUGAAAAUCACAAGACAUAUGGUUUUUAGAGCAUUCAGACAAUCUUGGACAAAAAUUUUGGAACUCACUUCGAAAAUCGAUGCCGGUUUAGAUUUUUACGUUUUCCUUCAAAUUUUCACCCCCUCUCCCCUUCAGCAAUGUUGUGUAUGGAAGACACAUUGAUUUACAACUUGCAACAUUUCUGAAAAUCAGGUAAAUUUCUGAAAAUAGCUGGAGUUCCAAUAUAUUUUGUCCAGGGUUGUAGUUUUUGCUUAUUUUAUUUAGAAGGACGCUCAUUCCAAAGACGCUGUUGGGGAGGAAUUGAAACUUAAAGGUCAAGGUAUUGAGGUAUGUCAUAAAUUUGUCUGUAUUACCAUCAUGCUGAUCAACUCAGUCAUUCAUCUAGCUGAUAAUUGUAACAGACCCUAUCUAAUGUUUGCUUCUUUCUAAAAUUUGCUUCUUUAAUGUACUAUUCUGCCUUGCAGGUAUCAAGAGAAAGUUCCUAUUUGAGAAUAGAAGGCUCUUGACAAAGUAAUGGUAAGAUUCUAGAAUUUAUUUGUUUUUUAGACAGUGGGUUCAAAAGUGUUGUGAACAUUGUUUUGUCUUUAGAAACAAUGGAUCCCAAUUCUUUUGCUGCUGGUAAUUUGACAGGGGCAGGUAAAAAUCAUAUCGCCUAUUACCAGUAGCUGCAAAAGCCACAAAAGAGGCAGAUUCAAUCGAGAAAAUUCAUAAUGAUAUCAUCGAACUUCAAAAAAUGCUUCUGAGUUUAGAUGAGAAGCAAGCUUUAAAACAAGGUGCAACUUUUAGAAAUCAUUUUGGGUAUAUCCAAUGGCCAAUAAUUAGUAAUAAUGAGAUAAGCAUCAUCCUAAUUGAUCAGCCAAUUGUGAUGUUGUACCACUAAAAUGUCAAAAAUUUUACUCUGUUUUUAUACGCAACUGGCACACUUAUAAGGAACUUCAAAGGAUUAAAGAAAUUUUUGUUUUAUGCAGCAACAGUCCAGCAUCCUUUUGGCAAAAGCCCUCCUUUACCUGUUGCCGAGUAUUUAACUACAAACCAGGACUUGCAUUCCAUUAAGCGAUUUUAAGUACACUACUAGAAAUGGAUAGCUUUAAGUAUGGCAACCAACAUGUUAAUAAACCAAAAUUAGUAGUACUUGAUUUAAGUAUGGCUAUUAUAAAUGCCUGCAUUAGUGAAUUUAAUGGGGAACAUAUACACGAAUAUAUAAACAGAUUCUUUCAGACAAUUAACGGUAGUGCCAGCUCUACAGAGUUGAGGAAAACUUUUCUCCAUAUUGUGCUUUUCACAUGAUAUGCCUAAAUCGCCAACAUGCUAUCAAAGAUUGCGGGAAUGGUGAAGAAGGAAAAAGUCGCCUACACUUUGCAACGAGCUUGUUUGGAAGACUAAUUAAUUGUUUGUCGAAAGAUGGUGCUACAAACGUUUAAAGAAUGGAACUAUUGUACUAGGAUCUAAAUAUGAUGAUAAGAAUGUAAAAACUGCUCUGAAAAACGUGGAAGAGUCAAUUAGAGGAAGUAGAACAUUGUAGUACCCAAGAAAAUUUCUGGUCAGAAGGGUUGAAUGCAGAUGAUGUUUCAGACUCGCUUGAAUAUGAUGCUGACAAUAGCUUUAAAAAUGAAACUAAGUUGCAUAAAUUUUGGGCGCAAAGGAUAAAAUCAAUAAAACAACACCAUAAUCCAGAAGAUGGCGAAACCAAUCGGUAUUACAUGCCAAAUUACUGUAAAUGAAUGUACGAUGACCUAUACAAACUGCCUUAUGUAGCAUUAUGGAGCAAUUUAUGCUUAGGAGAUUUGCAGCAUUUUAAUCCUGAAUACCAAGACUGGUUCUUGUCAAAGACCAAAACUAGCACCUUUGCAAAACAAUUUUCUGUUUAAGAAAAGAAAUAGGAGUAAUUUGAAGCAGUCAUUCGUUGAAUUUAUUCAGAAACUGCGGCAUCAUAAUUGGGCUUGCAAAGACAGUUCAUUUUAGGCUAAAAAACCAUAUCAGUGAAACAAAUAAAUUAUCUAAAGAAACAUAAUAGUUUUUUAACAAAAUUAAGAAACCUUCUUAUUAGUUACAACGAUUCCGGGGGAAGAGAAGGUGAUUUGGAAUGUGAUGCAAAAGAACUUUCUUGCAUUGUUGAAGGUUGGGAUAAAGGUAAUAAAAUCCUAAGGAAAAGGAAAACUCAAGGAAAGGUUCCAACGCCACUAAAGAAAAGAUUGAAUUUUGCUGCCUCUAAAACAGAAAAAAAAUUGUGCAAAGAAGGUUUUGACACUAAAAAUAAACGUUCUUGCAAGCGAAAUUCUCGAAAAGAAUCAACCCAAAACAAUGAUUCGA